AUGUUGACACGCCGGCUGGACUGCUUGAGCCGACACAGCAGAAACUUUACUACCAAAGUACUUUCUAGCGAGAUCAAAGAAAGGUUUAGCUUUGCAAGCAAUUCCGUUCACAUCAGGAACUUGCCAAAUACUAAUGCAUCUACAAAAGUCACUUUGAAUGGAUGGAUCGACAAAAAACCCAAAAAAGUUGGUAAAGACCUUAUCUUCGGCACCUUACGAGAUACAAAAGGUGAUUGUAUUCAACUAGUGGAUUCUCAGUUGCUUUUAAAAAGCGCAAACGUCGAAGACGUGGUGCAAGUUGAGGGACAUUUAAACCUUAAAAAGACUAACGAUGACAAAGCGGCACCCCAGUACGAAAUACAGCUAUCGCAUUUGAAGGUCUUGAACAAGUCUGGCAAAAAACCUUCCCAGUUACUGGAUUAUAAAAAAGAGGGGAAUUAUCCUCCAGAUCUUAGAUACCUCCAACUUCGUCUGCCUAAAUACCAAGUAUUUCUGAGAAAAAGGCACGAAAUAGCACAGAAUGUUAGAGAGCAUCUCAACUUGGCUGGGUUUACCGAGAUAGAGACACCGAUUUUGUUCAAAUCAACGCCAGAAGGUGCCAGAGAAUUUUUGGUGCCCACAAGAAAUAAAAUAAACAGCGAACCUGCCUUUUAUGCUCUGCCGCAAAGUCCCCAGCAGUACAAGCAACUGCUCAUGGCCAGUGGUGUCGAGCGCUACUACCAAAUCGCUCGUUGUUUUCGUGAUGAGGACCUAAGAAGCGACAGACAACCAGAAUUCACUCAAAUUGAUAUGGAGAUGGCCUUUUCCUCAGGCGAGCAAGUGAUGGAACGUGUGGAAUCCAUGGUCACCGAUACGUGGAAAAAGCUUUCGUCUAGCGGGAAGUUACACACUGUGAAUAGAGGUAAAAUUGUUUCAAUUAACGAUACCCAGUCGGUAACCAAAAUGACAUAUCGCGAUGCAAUGACUCGAUACGGGAUUGAUAAACCCGACCUCAGAUUUCCCAACCUUAAGAUUAUCGAUUUGAAAGAGUUCAAGGCCUAUGGUGUUGAGAAUAAGAAUUUUCCAGUUUUCGAGGUUCUUGUUUUGCGUAAUGCUUUUGACACCAUGGAAAACUAUAAGAAGAACUGGUCAAUACUCUCUGAUGAACACCAAUACAACUCUAGAUCGCCAAUUGUGGUACCAAUCGAUUCUAUAGAGAUGCAAAACAAUUGGUUCGAGAAAUUCAUGCCAAUAGCUAAUUUCGAAAAUCCUACCAUGAUGACCCGCUUCUUAAAUAUCAAGCAAGGAGAUAUCGUUUGCGGUGCAACAAGACAGCCCAACCAUACUCUAUUUGAAAAUCCUACUCCUCUUGGACGUUUAAGACAAUUGGUAACGCAAACGGAACUCGGUUCUAAGCUUUACAAGGAAACGGACCAUGCAGUAGCUGCCUGGAUUGUUGAAUUUCCUCUCUUUGCGCCGUUGGAACAAGAAUCUACGCCAGGAAGCAAAAAACAACGAUUCCCUGUAUACCGUGAGGGGGAAUUCACCUCCAGCCAUCACCCAUUUACCAUGGUCAAUUUAAAUGAUCUGGCUAAGCUGCAAAAGGAUCCAUUAAGCUGCUCAGGUUUGCAUUACGAUUUCGUGGUCAACGGUACCGAACUAGGCGGUGGUUCUACAAGGAUUCACGACCCUGAACUGCAGAAUUAUGUGUUCAAGUCAAUUCUCAAAAUCAAAAACCCUGAGAGAUUAUUCGGCCACUUGCUAACGGCAUUUGAAUGUGGGACUCCUCCUCACGCUGGAUUUGCAGUUGGUUUCGAUCGCAUGUGUGCCAUGAUGUGUGGAACAGAUAACAUUCGUGAUGUGAUCGCCUUCCCAAAAAGCAUUAGUGGUUCAGAUCAAGUAGUUCAAAGUCCCAGUGCUGUCCCAGAAGAAAUUUUGAAGGAAUACAACAUUUCCUUUUCCACGAAAUAG